UGGGUCGGCCGGGAAGCCUGGUGAGCCGCUGCAGCCCCCGGGUUUUCGAUUCAGCACAGUUUGCCUUGGUCUUUUGGAUGGCUCAAAGUGAAGGCAGUGAAAAUGUCCCAGAACUUCGGGCCUCUGAAAAAGUGGAUAUUUCAAGGAUCAAAGUUUGUCCAGAUGACGAGAUGAUGGAGGCGAAAACGGAGUUUCUUGAGAAUGCGUCGCCCCUCGAAAGCGCUGCUCAGAACCUCCACGACACCUGCAAGAGCGAAGAGAAGCCACAGGUGACUCCCCCACCGUUCAGACAUCGGCGGAGGCGCUCCAACGCGCCAGGUCUGGGGGGCUACAUCAACAUUCUGGGCAUCGUGGAAGAGCCGCCAGCCGCCACCGCGACCCGGCGCGUGCUGGAGAAGCCCUUCCACUGCACCGAUUGCGGGAAGAGCUUCUCACAGAGCUCCAACCUGAUAGAGCACCAGAGGAUCCACACGGGGGAGCGCCCUUUCACCUGCAGUGAGUGCGAGAAGAGCUUCAGUCGCAGCAGCACCCUGGUGGAGCACCAGCGCACCCACACGGGCGAGAAGCCUUACACGUGUACAGAGUGCGGGCGGGGCUUCACCCGGAGCUCCACCCUCACGGAGCAUCAGCGCACCCACACAGGGGAGACGCCCUUCCCAUGCCGAGAGUGCGGGAAAGCCUUCAGCCGCACCUCCAACCUGGUCAAGCACCUGCGCACCCACUCCGGCGAGAAGCCCUACACGUGCUCGCUCUGCGGGAAGCGCUUCUCCCUCAGCUCCAACCUCCUGAAGCACGAGCGCACCCACUCUGGAGAGAAGCCCUUCCCUUGCGCCCUCUGCGGGAAAUGCUUCAAGAAGAAGACCCACCUGGUGUCCCACCAUCGGGUGCACACCGGGGAGCGGCCCUACCGCUGCGAGCAGUGCGGGAAGUGCUUCUCCCAGAGCUCCAUCCUCAUCGAACACCAGAGGAUCCACACAGGCGAGAAGCCCUACAAGUGUGCGGACUGCGGGAAGAGCUUCUGCGUGAGUUCCAACCUCAUCAAGCACCAGAGAAUCCACACGGGAGAGAAGCCGUAUGAGUGCCUGGUCUGCGGGAAAGCUUUCCGGUACAAGCCCCAGUUCACCCGUCACCAGAAACAACACACCCGCAGGCCAGUGGAUAAGCCCUACCAUUGCACCGAGUGUGGCAAGAGCUUCUCGCAGAGCUCGGUGCUGAUUGAACACCAGAGGAUCCACACAGGGGAGAGGCCCUUCGUGUGCAACGUGUGCGGGAAACGCUUCUCCCAGAGCUCCACGCUGAUGGGGCACCAGAGGAUCCACACUGGCGAGAAACCCUUCGCCUGCCCAGAGUGCGGACGGGGCUUCAGCCGCAGUUCGGCCUUGACUGAGCACCAGCGCACCCACACCGGGGAGACACCCUUCCCAUGCCAGGAGUGCGGGAAGGCCUUCAGUCGCACCUCCAACCUGGUCAAGCACUUGCGCACCCACUCAGGAGAGAAGCCUUACUCCUGCACCCUCUGCGGGAAGCGCUUCUCCCUUAGUUCCAAUCUCCUGAAGCACGAGCGCACUCAUUCGGGGGAGAAGCCCUUCCCCUGCCCUCUCUGCGGGAAAUGCUUCAAGAAGAAGACCCACUUGGUCUCACACAACCGGGUGCACACCGGGGAGCGGCCUUACCGGUGCGAGGAGUGCGGGAAGUGCUUCUCCCAGAGCUCCUCCCUCAUUGAGCACCAGAGAAUCCACACCGGGGAGAAGCCCUACAAAUGUGCCCAGUGCGGCCGAGGAUUCUAUGUCAAUUCCAAACUGGUCAAACAUCAGAGAAUCCACACGGGCGAGAAACCUUACGCCUGCUCUGCCUGUGGGAAAACUUUCCGAUACAAGCAGCAGUUCCCACGCCAUCAGGCCCAUGUCCACCCUGGGGAGGACCAUGUUUCUGUGCUCACCUUGGGCACCAGCGUUAAUAUGCUACUUGCGUAGACCAGCCCGUGGUUGCUGGGCUUCAUAUCCUAUAGAGACUGACUCCCGUUAAAGGCAAAAGUCCUGCCAAAAUUGGGUGGUCCAU